AUGGGGGACCUUUUAGAGCUUUCAGUGGUAACGAACAGCCUGCUGCAGGAUGCAUGCCCUGAGUUUGCCACCACUGAUGCAGAAAAUUUACCUAAAUUUACUGAUGGACCUACCACAUCGUCACUGACAAAACAGAAUCCAUCAGACAAAAGCAUCCCCAUCUGCACCAUCUGCACUGUUACUAGUGAACUGGAAUUUACUCCUGUCUUCUUUAUUCUUACUCUUAAUUCUCACGCGGGGAAAAAUCUCCUGCGAGACAAGGGUAAAUUGAGCAUUGAAUUACAUAUCUUGCUUUUGUGUGCUAAGAAAAAAGAGCUGCGUAUCUGUGAUAUUAGCCGCAGUGACAAAUGUGGUGUGCCCCGCGAUGUCUGCAUUAGCUCUCCUGACAGGCGAGCUGUGUGUGGUUAUGGGGUGUUCGGAGACGGCUGGCAGACAGCAUUCAUUUAUAAGACAGCCAUGAGCAAGCAGCAGAAGGUCCUCCUACCAAAUCCCUGCAACCUGGAUCAGCAAAAUUUCUGCUUCCCCUCUCAGCCCAAAGCAUCCGGGAGUCAGGAUGGGACAGGACUGGGACGGGCCGGUUGGGCCUUCUCAGAGAUGUGCAUAGGCCUGUCAUCCACUGCUCCCAUCCCCUCUUCUGCUCUGAUCAAAAGAGAACACUGCUUAGGUUUUGUGUUGUUAACAAGCUUACACCAAAAUACACUGAUACGACGCCCUCUUUUUUUAGACCAAGCCACCCUGGUAGAACAAGUAAAAAGAGUUAAAGAAAUUGAAGCUAUUGAAAGUGAUUCUUUUGUUCAGCAGACAUUCAGAUCAAGUAAGGAAGUCAAAAAGUCAGUGGAACCAAGUGAAGUGAAACACACAGCUCCGGUAUCAGGACCAGCACCUGUGGUUGCUGAUCCACCCAGUGUUGAAAAAGAAAUAGACCCUGGCAGCAUCCCCACUGCUAUCAAGUACCAAGAUGACAACUCUCUGGCUCAUCCAAAUUUAUUUAUUGAAAAAGCUGAAGCUGAAGAAAAGUGGUUCAAGAGAUUAAUUGCUCUUCGACAAGAGAGACUAAUGGGCAGUCCUGUGGCCUAAGUAAUAUAUUGGUUAAAUCAACAGUAACUUUGAAAAUUUAGGUUUUUGAAUCCCAAUGUUAACUUUUACUCUUAAAAUGAACUUAGCUUAUUAUAUGAAAACGUAAUAUCAUUCCAUCCUUCUCUCAUGUAGGCUUGAAUAUUUGUUGAUUUGAACUGAGUCAAACGUUGUGAAUGGCAAAACUAGAACAAAAUUUUUAAAUGCAUGAAAAUGCUGUACCAUUAACAGAGCUAAUCAUAAAAUGUCAGUGUUAAGAUAAAUGGUAUUCAUAGUGUCCUAGUACAAUUUGAGAAGAGUCAAGUUAUCAUUUAAAGACUAUUGCUUAUGCAUGUAUAAGAAUCAAAUUACGCUAUAAAUGAGAUUUCACCUACUGUGGAUUAUGAAACCCCUGUUGAAUCUUUUAUCUCAGUUUAUUAAAAAAAAAUAGAAACAACGAAAAGCAGCCUAAACAACCUAAGCAAAACGAGCAUGGUAAAAUCAAAGGGCUGACGUAUCCCAGUUGCUUUUUUUUCAUCCCUUAGGGGUCAUAAACAUUUUGUACUGCAGACACGUACCCCGAGAAAGGAAAGGGGUCAGGAGAUGCUGGAGAGGGUGGAGGGAGGAGGACAGGGUAUGAAGAGCGGAAUUGAGAUGAGGCACACGCGUGUACCAACGCCACAGGAGGAGCGUACACACUGUGUCCUGCGAACAUGCACUAAUAAACUAAAAGAAAAAGACAAAAA